AUGGCUUUCUAUGGAAAUCAUAGUAAAGGACGUACGAGAAACCACCAUAGCAAUUUUGAUCGUGAUGAACCUAAUGGGUUUAAAAAUCCUCAAUAUGGUCCACAUGUGCAGUUGAUCGAUGCGAAUUGGGAACGACAAGUGACGGCGAAAUUGGAUGAGUUCUUGAAUGGAAGUGCAACAGAAUUGUGCUUCCCUCCUAUGGAACGUCCAGAGCGACGUCGCUUGCACGAGCUGGCCAGACGAAAAGGUCUCCAAACUUCGAGCGAGGGUAGGGAGCCAAACCGGCGGUGUGUCGUUCAUCGUCGUCCAGUACCACGGCUGGCCGCUGUUGGCGCAAAUGAAACACAGCCAAUUCGACUGGCUCCUGAAAUUCGAGAAGCCGUGAGUUUCGAUUAUUGCAAAAUUUGA